AUGCCGCUCGCGCGGUCGGUCGCGCGCGCGCACGGUGUUGCGAGCGCGCGAAUCCAUCGAGGUCGCCGCCGAGCGAGCGGCCGACGCCCGAGCGCGCCCUCGCGAGGGUCGAGCGCGAUCACGCGAGCGACGGAGGUUCCGGAAUUUUUGAUCAAAAAGCUCGAGGCGACGGCGAAGACGCACGCCGAGCUGAACGAGCGCAUGGCGGACCCGGAGGUGACGAGUGAUCCGAAGGAGUUUCAACGCCUGAGCAAGGCGUGCGGGGAGCUCAACUACGUCGUGGACUUGUACGCGCGGUACAGGGCGUGCGUCGAUGAGAUCGAGGAGGCGCGAGCGAUGGUGAAGGACGCGGCUGGGGAUGAAGAGAUGGUGGCCAUGGCGCGAGAGGAGAUCGAUGCGCUGACGGAGGAGAGCGAUAAGCUCGUGGAGGACAUGACUUUGGCGCUGCUGCCAAAGGACCCUCUGGACGAGAAGAAUAUCAUGCUCGAGAUUCGCGCGGGCACGGGCGGGGACGAGGCGGGGAUCUGGGCGGGGGAUUUAUAUCGCAUGUACAUGCGCUUCGCCGAGCGUGAGGGAUGGCAGGCGACGGUAGUGACGAGUAACACCGCGGAUGCGGGCGGGUUCAAGGAAAUAGUUGCCGAAAUCAAGGGUGCUGAUGUGUACAGCAACCUCAAGUGGGAAGCGGGCGUGCACCGAGUACAGCGCGUUCCGGCCACGGAAACGCAGGGGCGCAUCCAAACCUCGACGGCCACCGUAGCGAUCAUGCCCGAGGUGGACGAAGUUGAAGUGCAAAUCGACGAGAAGGACUUGGAUAUCUCCACCGCGAGAAGCGGCGGCGCUGGCGGCCAAAACGUCAAUAAGGUUGAAACUGCGAUCGAUUUGAUGCACAAGCCCACCGGUAUUCGCGUUUUCUGCACCGAAGAACGCACACAACUUAAGAAUCGCAUUCGUGCGAUGCAGAUCCUCCGCGCCAAGCUGUUCGAAAUCCAGCUUGAGGAGCAGCAAAAGGCAAUCUCUGACAAGCGGAAAUCACAGGUUGGCUCGGGAAGCCGCUCUGAGAAGAUUAGAACUUACAACUGGAAGGAUAGCCGUGUUUCCGACCACCGUAUUGGCACCAACUUCCCGCUUCAGACGUUCUUGGACGGUGACAUCAAGGGCGCGAUCGGGGCCAUGCAAGCUUUGGAGCAGCAAGAGAAAUUGGCCGAGCUCAACUCGGAAAUGGAGAAGUAA